UGUAUAAUAUGAGUAUUUUUAUAACAAUUUUUUUCUUUUUACAUAGAAAAUAUGAUGAAUUUUUAUCAAUAUUUCGACCAACGAUGUUACUGCAAGUAUUUGUUGUGUCUUGUUCGAUCAUUUUUCUUUGGUUCAUUUUUCUAACGAGUUUUAUAGAAGACGAUUUUACGCAAUAUAUGGCAUUGACAUCCAUGGAAGCUAUUUUUGGAAUUCCUUUUUGUACUUUUCAAAUGUAUAUGUCAUGUUUUGUAUUUAAUACAUUAAACAUUAAAAAAGAUUCUAUAACAUUCGCGUUGUAUAGCUCAAAUUGGACAGAAAUGGAUAUGAAAUUUAAAAAAUUGAUUUUGUUAACAAUGAGAAUGAAUGAUGCACACCAGCAAAAAUUACAAUAUACAAAGACGAAAAUUAUUAACAUGGAAAUAUUUUAUCACGUAUGUUUCAUAUUACCUUCAUAAUUAUAAAAAUAUAAUGAUCAUAAUUAAAGGCAUAUAUUAAGGCUUUA